CGUUAAUUUUCGGGAGUAUAAAGGCAAGUCAUCUUUCUACCGUCCACCCACCUCGCACAAACAAUGCGUUUCGCCUUCCUCACCGUUAUUAUUGCUCUGACAACAUCAGUGACUGCCUUUGGACCUCGUAACAUCAGCCGGAUGGUGCUCAAAUGUGUGGUGAAUUAUGUUUCCGCUUUCUCAUUGGUGCUUUGCAUAACUAGACCACUCAAGCUCGAAGUGUUGAAUGGCUUCAACUACAGAAGCAAACGAGCAAAGCAGAUGCGUGCUUCUGUUUUUUCCAGCUACAGAGGUAAACGAGUUAAAACGAAGUCUGUUCAUUGACAUGAAAGUAGCUGUGGGACUACUUUACCGUGGGCCCCAAGUUCAAACAAAGAUGACGGCGCCGUAAUAGUUCUGGCAGUACUAGGCAAGUUGAACAUUCUGUGCGGUCCGC